UGCAGUUGUUGUUUGCCAAUCAAGCUUUUAACAAUGCUGUGUGUCCUCGGUAGGAUACGCUGGCUUCUCAAAUGUAACAAAGAACCCCGAGACAUGGUCAUCGCGCGGGGGAAAUAUGCGACAAGCUUACGAAAUAUUACACUGACCUUGAAGGACACUUCGAAGGCCGACCUUGACACUGCCUUUAAAUCGGUCAAGCGUCUUGCCGCCUUUGAAGUAAAUUCUGAAGUCAAUCUCCUACAAUGGUGCUAAUUGUAGGUAGAUGGUGAAUGGAAUAGGAGGCAGUGGAUCCUGGGGCGUUCAUCAUAAUGGCGGAGCAGCUAUCCUAAACUGAUAGUUGCCCAACAACCCUGACGACGGCCACCGAUGCGAAUGCAACUUCAAUUUGUCUUCUCUAUUUAUAUCAAAUGUCUGAUAAAGGGGGAGGCAUGUCCUCCUAACAAUGUGUGGUCACCGCAAAUCAAAAAAGCGAUGACUGCCGAUGAUACCCAUGCAACCGACCUCGCGUACAUCGUUUCUCGAUUCACAAACUUUCAUGCCUCUAUCCGGAGCAAACUUCAGACCGAUUCAGAUAUCAUACUUCGCGAAGCACUACUUCUCGAUGCCGAAUUGGAGGAAUGGGACAUGCAGCUUCCCCAGUCAUGGCGAUACAGGCUCAAACAGCACGCGGAGGAAACAGCAGUCAUGUUCAAGGGCGUGUCGCAUCGGUACCGCGAUUUCUGGACAGCAAGAAUAUACAAUCAUUAUCGGUGGUGUCGAAUCCUGGUCAACAAAUUGCUGCUGAUCCAACUCGGACCAUUUUCCAGCGAAGAUGCUGCUCAACGUUCAAAGUCACUCGACCUCAUCUCCAGGCAGGCAGCGGAUAUAUGCAGUAGCGUUUCCAUCCAAUUCCACAAACCCACACUCCUCCAAGAAGCAAAGCAAAAUGGGGUGCCAGCACUGUCGAGAUGUUUUCUGCCCCUUUUCCCUCUCGCAGUUGCAGGUAGUGCGAUAGGAGUUUCGGACGAGCUUCAUGACUGGGUGAUCUCGAUGCUCGAGAUUAUCGGCCACGGAAAAGGCGUUGCUCAGGCUUUAUAUCUGAUUCCGGGAACAAAGCCGCAGCGUGAGAAAUGGCAAUUAUUCGGCGAUGGCCCAUCGGACUGUUACUUGUUGUCGUGAUUUGAGAUGUGAUCGCGAGAAGUGAUUUUGAUGGUGUUUAACUUGAAAUGGGGGAGGCACCAACUAAUCAUAUACCCCGAACACAUAAACUUCCGGGACUUCAUUUUGAACUCGCAUCAAUCCUCACGAGGGCCAACAUCCGCCGCUAUCGAAU